AUGUCCUUCCCACCACCCUUCCAAACCGCGCGGCUCUCCUUCGUUCCCAUGAACGCGGACCAGCACGCCGACGCGGUGUUCGAGAUCAGGGGACGCGAUGACGUGAUGAAGUACAGUAUCAACCACGCCCCCGAUCCCUCCGUGGAAACCACCCACGCCUGGCUCUCGAGAUUCAACCACUUCGAUGACCGUAGUCGUCCAGAUAUCUCUACCUCCAUCAACGCAGAUAUCUCCCCAAUCGGCUACGUAAUCCACGAAAGACUCUCUUCGACCGACACCAACCUUCCCCCUUCCUCCGAAAAGCAAGGGGAAGGAAAGAUAAUCGGCACCACAGGUCUCCGCCUCGGCGUAUCCCCCUUGACACCUCAAUCUCAGUCUGUCCAGGAGAAGCGCUGGGAGAUCGGAUACGGAUUCCAUCCAUCUACCUGGGGACGGGGGAUCGCGUCGGAGGCUGUCAGGGGGUUUAUUCGUGUAGUGGGAGAGGAAGGAUUGUUGGGUUUUCCUAUUGGGCCUACUUCUUCCAAUGAUGGAACUGAUCCCGAGACUGGGUCUGAUUCGGUGAAUGCCUCUGAGGAAGCGAAAGUGAAAGUGAAACCAGUCCUUGCGGCUUGCACCGAUGCGCUGAAUGAGGCGAGUAGACGGGUAUUGGAGAAGGCUGGGUUUGUGUUGACGGGGGAGUUUGUGGAUGGUGAGGGGAGGGGGAAUUUUGAGUUUGAGUAUAGGUUUUAG